AUGCACAAGCUCCGCGGCAGUGACACGGGCGUGUAUGCCGGCCAGAUGUGCAACGACUUCGAGCUCCUGUCGUACCGCGACCUCGACGCCCUGCCGACGUACAACGCCACCGGUACGAGCCGCAGCAUCCUUGCCAACCGCGUCUCCUACUUCUUCGACUGGCACGGCCCGUCCAUGACGCUCGACACGGCCUGCUCGUCCAGCCUGUACGUCGUCUACCUCGCGGCGCAGGCGCUGCGCUCCGGCGAGUCGCGCGCCGCCGUCGCGUGCGGAACCAACCUUAUCCUUGGGCCCUAG